AUGUCUGAAAGCUCUCUCUGCGCUUACGCCGGCAUAUUUUCCGUUCAUCUCUUCUCCGUCGCUCAGAUCCGUCAAGGAUUGGAGGGUGCACACAAAGCUGUUUUUGGAUGUGUAAAUGAGCAUUCUUCACAGAUGUUAUUUGCAGCAGAAGGUGGAGGCUUCUUCUCUUCAUCAGCUUCUGGCUAUACCAACGGUUUAGCCCUUCUUCAACUUGGCCACAAGGAUGAACCAAAACCUGUAAGAGUAUCCCCAUGGAGACAUUAUCAUUUGGUAGUCGAAGAAACUGAUACCAAGUUUCAGUUAGAUUCUUCUAAGAAAUGGCUCUCUCGUGCCUGCAAUUCCCUUACAUGCUUUGGUCGCAAGUCUGAAAGAGUGGAAUCUUCUUCUCAUCCACAAGAUUUCCCUUCUGACAAGAAGGAUGAUGCACCACAGGGCGUGGGCUAUGAAUGUGAAGUUGUUAGUAAUAGGUUUGCACUUAAGAGCAGCCUCAAAAAAAGAUCAUUUAGCGAUGCUGUCCUUGCUGAUGAAGAUGGUGAUGAUGUGAGUAGAGAUAAUUGUGUGUUGAAUCAUGCUGACACAAGGAAAGUUCAGUGGCCUGACACUUGUGGUAUUGAGAUUGCUGAGGUCAUAGAAUUUGAGCCUAGUGAAGUGGAUGAAUUGGAUGAUGAGUUGCAUCAUGGAAAUAGAAAAAGCUGUAUGUGCACAAUCAUGUGA